AUGGAAUGUCAACCAAGCGAUAGUAAAAAAUUGUUCAAAGUAUUCGAUGCCGCAAAACGCAAGCGCAUAAGGAAAAAACGCGACGGUAUCGACGACAGCAACUCUUUGGCCACCGAUGACUCUACAAACCAAGAAGAUGCCGCCAUUGAAUCAGUGCCCCAGGAUCAGGAUUCCUUCAUAUAUCAAUUUCUGGAAGAGGCAAUUAAAAGAGACAAGAAGAAACAACGUCACAUGCGAAGGCACGAGGAGCGUAAAGCAAGUUGCGAGCGCGGUGCCUCAGCGACCAGGGACCACCGCCACCACCGGAGGCGUCACCGUGAGGACUCUGCGCCGGCUAGAGAUCGUGACGACCGUAGUUCGCGUCCGAAAGAAACUCCAGCCGCACCAGUAAUAGAUCAAAGUGUUCUAUUGGAAACGUUCGCGCAGUUAUGCGCUCAAAUGAACAGCAAGACCUCGCGUUUUAAAGAGUCAGCUGUUUCCAGAACUAUCAGUCACAAGUCGCUGCAGUGCGAAGUGGUGCCUAGGCGGGACACGUACGACGCCAGCCGAAGCCCGACGAAGCUUCAAAACCAGAGGGAAAUCUCACCCCUCUCGAGGAUCCGCAGCCACGAAAACUUUCGCAGCCCGAUGCGCGACAAAGACAGCUGCACACCGGCAGUAGAGCGUCACGACUACGCGGAGAAGUGCGUCUGCUGUUCGCCCCAGAACAGGAGGUACGGCAGCAACUGUAAGAUGGAGAUCGCCAAGUCUAGGUCGCACAUGGUCGAGGACGCGUACCGCGGAUACCCGCAAGACCUCACGCCGACCGGGAGCUGCGUCGACGCCCGCUACGCAUUGCAUAGGCCAGACCAUAGGGCGUACAAAGACUACCCCGAAAGAAGGGAACCGGUGCGAGAUAGAUACGGCGACGACAGAAAGAGAUAUUGCGAACAAAAGGCGAGCAGGAGCUUCGAGAUUCAACGGGAGUACGCGGAUGAAGUGAGGGCAACGUCGAGGAGCGAUCCACACAGGGCGAAGCGACCCGAAGUGCAGAGAAACAGGCGCUACUGCGACAGACACAGAGACAGAUAUUACGAGGAUAAGCCGGUGGAAUUAAAAGACCGCGUAUACGGCUUGUCUCAGAGGUUGAAGUCGCGCAGGCACUUGGAGCAGUCUGAUAGGAGUUCAGUCGUGUCCAGGGAUGUGGAUGAAAGAGAGAGACUGUCCGAAAGGGAGAGGGACUCGGGCCUGAGCGGCGCCGACGGCGAGACGAGCACUGUGAGCGGCAAGAGUAAUUACAUGAGAGUGGUCAAGCAAGAGAUUGCCGAGCAGCGGGAGGCGAUGGAUAAGAUGAUGAAGCUGUGGAAGGAGCUAAUGCGAUGUUUCAAGGGCAUGUCGCAGGCUCAGGGUCAAGAGAAAACUGUUCAGGAGGCCGAGCACGUUCGCGAUUCGGCCGCGGAACAGCUCAGGCUGUGGCGCGAGUGCAUGCGGCGGUACGAGACGGUCGCGAGGGACGUCGGAGACACGGACGCCAGGCUAAUGGAGGAGAUCAACAAGCAGCGCUCGGAGAUGGCCGAGAUGGCCAGCAUGUGGCAGGAGUGCCUACAACGCUACCGGGACAUGAGCAAUGACUUCAACUCGCUCAAGAAGCAAUUGGUGACGCCGGAGAGUCCGCAGCGCGCGCCCCCGCCCCUCCUCUGCGCCGAGGGGGAAGGCGCCCCUCCCCCGGCCCAGUACCGACUCCCCCCCACGUACCAACCGGCGUCGUGCCCGAUGCCGGCGGGGGGCGCGGGGGGCGCGGUGGGCGCGGAGGGGCUGCGGGGGCGGGCGUCCGCGCCACCGGCCUGGUGGUGGGCGGAGGGUCCCCCAAGGCGCCGCUCCUCGCCCGACUCGCGCGCCUCCCGGGACAGGCGACACCGCCGCAAGGAGCGAGAUGACACCCGUUACAAGGAGAAGCCGUCGAAGACGAACGGCGCUCGAUCCGAGCAUAGACACAGGAAAAGG